AUGAUGAAGUGUGCAGUACAAGAGUGGCUCAGAAUAACUUCGUUGCUAUUCAUUGCUAAUGCCAUCCCAGCAAUGGUUGUCCCCAAUGCAACAGUUCUGGAGAAACUUUUGGAAAAGUACAUGGACGAGGAUGGUGAGUGGUGGAUCGCCAAGCAAAGAGGGAAAAGGGCCAUCACAGACAAUGAUAUGCAGAGUAUCUUGGACCUUCAUAAUAAGUUAAGAAGUCAGGUAUAUCCACCAGCUUCUAAUAUGGAAUAUAUGACAUGGGAUGUAGAACUGGAGAGAUCUGCAGAAUCCUGGGCUGAAACUUGCCUGUGGGAACAUGGGCCUGCAAGCCUGCUUCCAUCAAUUGGACAGAAUUUGGGGGCACAUUGGGGAAGAUACAGGCCUCCAACAUUCCAUGUCCAAGCAUGGUAUGAUGAAGUGAGAGACUUUACCUAUCCUUAUCCACAUGAAUGUAACCCAUAUUGCCCCUUUCGAUGUUCUGGUCCAGUUUGCACACAUUAUACUCAGGUUGUUUGGGCUACAAGUAGCAGAAUAGGUUGUGCUAUUAAUUUGUGCCACAAUAUGAACAUCUGGGGACAGAUAUGGCCUAAAGCAGUUUAUUUAGUGUGCAAUUAUUCUCCAAAGGGUAACUGGUGGGGCCAUGCACCUUACAAACAUGGUCGGCCCUGUUCUGCGUGUCCACCCAGUUUUGGAGGGAGCUGUAGAGAAAAUCUUUGCUACAAAGAAGGCUCAGAAAGGCAUUUCUCUCCUCAUGAACCAGAAGAAACAAAUGAAAUUGAACAACAGCAGUCACAAGUGUAUGAUCCCCAGAUUCAAGCAAGAGCUGAUGACAGUAACAGAAAUGAAGUUAUAAGUACACAGCAAAUGUCUCAAAUUGUUGCUUGUGAGGUGAGAUUAAGAGACCAGUGCAAAGGAACAACAUGCAAUAGAUAUGAAUGUCCUGCUGGUUGCUUGGAUAGCAAAGCCAAAGUUAUUGGAAGUGUACAUUAUGAAAUGCAAUCAAGCAUCUGUAGAGCUGCAAUACAUUAUGGAAUAAUAGACAAUGAUGGUGGUUGGGUAGAUAUCACUAGGCAAGGAAGAAAACAUUAUUUCAUCAAAUCCUAUAGAAAUGGCAUUCAGUCGAUUGGCAAAUAUCAAUCUGCCAAUUCCUUCACAGUCUCUAAAGUGACAGUUCAAACCAUUACUUGUGAAACAACUGUGGAACAAUUAUGCCCAUUUCACAAACCUGCUUCCCACUGCCCAAGGGUAUACUGUCCUCGCAAUUGCGUGCAAGCGAACCCACACUAUGCUCGUGUAAUUGGAACUCGAAUUUAUUCUGAUGUGUCUAGCAUUUGCAGAGCAGCUGUUCAUGCUGGUGUAGUUCCUAAUCAGGGUGGUUAUGUUGAUGUCAUGCCAGUAGACAAGAGAAAAGCUUACGUUGCAUCCUUUCAGAAUGGCAUCUUUUCAGAAAGUUUGCAGAAUCCUCCAGGAGGGAAGGCAUUCAGAGUAUUCGCUGUUGUUUGAAUAGGAC